CUCCGCCUAGCCCGUUCUACGAAGUUCUACCCGACCCCUUCAUUGCAACUACUUGGGAAGCCAAAUCAACUUUCGUCACCAUGGCCGCUCAGUUUAGGCCGGGGUAUGAACUAAGAAUCAAAAGAAAACAG